AAUUCGUCGACAAUGUCUGUCAGACGUCUAAAAAAUUUUGCUUUUUUUCUCGCUCGUGCAAAAUAAAAUUAUAAUUACUUAAUUUUGCUUUCCCAUUUUACACUGCACCCGUAUACUUAACGCCCCCGCGUACAACCCCCCGUGCAACACGUGUGCGUGAUCUUGUGAACCCUCAGCGUAGGGGGAAUGUGUUGUGGCUGUGUGGCCUGAUUUAGUUUUUCUUCUCCCAGCUUCAGAAUUUUUUUUCUACCAUCCUCCGCUCUCUUCAUGUUCUAUUUGCAAGAAUUGUCCGAUUGCCUCGUUGGGAUUGUGUGGUGUGGGUAGGUGUGCGAAUAGGGCGGGAGGAUGCAGACGUCGAUUAAGCAGGAGAAUCAGCAGCACAGCCCCCUUAAGUUUGUCAGCCUCGCAACGGGCGGAAGUGGAAGUGGUGGGGGCAAUGCCUACGAGGAGGAUGUACCCAUGAAGUACGAGGAGAAGCCCCUGCUGCUGAAUGUGGAGCUGUGCCUUGUGUGCGGUGACAGGGCAUCGGGGCGCCACUAUGGGGCAAUCAGCUGUGAAGGGUGCAAGGGCUUCUUCAAGCGCUCCAUCCGGAAGCAACUUGGCUAUCAGUGUCGUGGCACGAUGAACUGCGAAGUGACCAAACAUCACAGGAAUCGCUGCCAGUACUGUCGCCUCCAGAAGUGUCUAGCCUGUGGCAUGCGGAGUGACUACCUUCCUCGUAAAACAAUCCCAUCCGCAGCUGUUCAGCACGAGCGGAAACCCAUUUUGGAUAAGAAGGAGUCACCCGUGGGGGCAGGAAGUGGGGGGAGUGGGGGUUCAAUGGGUCCCGGAUCGAGUCCAGGCAGUGCUGGGGGUACAAACAAUGCCACCUCAAUGGGUGCAACAGCACGCGCCCCAUCAUCGAGCCCCAAUUACUUGUUCUUUCGCCCACCCAAUGACUUCACCGAGCCCAAUUUCACCAGUAUGAUGUUCCCCGUUGGAUUCAACUUCAAUGACCUCAAGGCAACUCUUGGACAGAGAGCAUUUUUGCAACAAAGCGGCGUCUUCCCCGGACAUUCAACCUCAUCGCCAUCCACGAGUGGCCUGCAGCACGAUGAUGAGGCGUCUGAUGAUAACAAUCCACCAAAUAGUAUCUUCACAACGGCAAUAAAUACCUUGUCGAGUCUAACUGCCACUAGUUCCGCUGAUUUUCUCCAGGCCGCUAUCAAUAAGCACACAAUUGCCGAAUCGCUGGAGCUCAUCACGAACCUCCCGUUCGAGAUGAGUGCCAAUGGGGCGCGGGAUUUCGUGAAUAGCGAUCAAUGCCCCGCCGCGGCGGCGUCACGGGACAAUAGUAGCCCCAGUGGGGAUGGUAGUUCCUCCCCCACGGGACCCACACCGCUAACAAUUGACCCCAGUGACCUGGACCCCCUCAUCCCGGAGGCGUGUGUUGCGUUCUCCCUGCAAAUACCCAACGUGGUGCCGGCGUACUUAAAUCUACACUAUACCUGCGAGACGGGAUCGCGGUUGCUGUUCUCGUCUGUGAUAUGGGUGAGCAAGUUGCCCGUCUUCCGGUCGCUACCCGAUGACUGCCAAGUGCAAAUCCUCCGUGCCUGCUGGACGGAGCUCUUUGUCCUGGGGCUGGCGCAAUCAGCACCACAGUUGGCCUUCACCACGAUAGUCACAUCCCUGGUCAAUUGCUUCAAGGCGGCCGUUGUGCAGAAAAAUCUCACAGCGGCACGCAUAAAGCUCAUGGCCGACAAUAUUUCAAGACUGUGUGAUUUUGUACAAAACAUUCAGCGGAUCGGUGUGGAUGACUACGAAUUUGCAGCUUUGCGACUUCUUUUGCUCUUCAACACAGACAACAUCCGCCGAGAACCGAUGCGUCAAUCAUCAUCCCUUGAAGGCAUCCAGGAGAUCGCCUGCCGCUGCCUGCGUGCCCACAUUGACCAAAGUCACCAUCCGUCUCAGUCGGAUCGUUUCGCCAAAUUGUUGCUCAAACUACCCGCUUUAAGGACGUUCAAUGCGAACACAAUGGAGGACCUGUUUUUCGCCAAUCUAAUUGGGCAAGUGCAAAUUGACAAUGUUAUCCCCUACAUCCUAAAAUUGGGGGUAGCCAGUGGGAUUAAAUCCGAAACAACUUGAUUGUUGAAUUGUCUUAUUUUUAAAAAUUAUAUAAUUAUUAUUAUUAUAUUUUUAUUAAGUAUAUUAUUCUAAUAUGCUAUUGAGCGAGAGAGAGAGAAAGAGAGUUAAAAGUGAGAGAGUUAUUGAUAUAUUAAAAAAAAAAGUAUAUCUUAUUUUAAAAGAAAAUUUGCAUAAUUUUUAACGUAUAAAUCAAAAUUAACUUAAUUCUUUUUAAGGCAAUUUUUUUGUUCUUUUAAAAAUUUUAUUUCGUUUUUAAUUAAAGAAAAUUUUAAGACAAAGUAACAAUGAAGGUGACUCUUAAAUGUGCCUUUAAAAAAAAAGAAAUUUUAAAUGAAAUUUUUGAGAAAUUAUAUUUGACAGUUUAGAGAGAAACUUUUUAAAGAGAAAAAUAGUAUUAAAAAUUGAGUAUUAGUUCUUAGGGGAGCCUCGGGAGGGAAAGUAGAAUUCUUUAAAAGAGAGACAAAGAGGUCUUUCUUUUGAAAAAAAAAAAAAAGAAUUUUUGCCUUUUGUAGAACAAAUUUAAAAAGAAAAAAGAGAGUUAAUCAAAAUGAAAAAAAACUAACGUUUUGUCUUUUAAAAUAUAUAUUUAAUUCAAGAUAAAAUCAAGAAAAAUGAUUUAAAACAAAUUAAAUGCAAUUGUUAACACUUUGUUGAGAGAGAGAGAGAGACGGAGAGAAUUCUGUGAGAAUGCGUUCUUGCGGUUUUUUACAAAGUCUUUUUGAGAAUAUUAAUAUAUUAUUAUUUUGUUUCA